CUACUAUGCCGUGCACACCUGAACCAAUGGAGAACCAAACAAGAUUCCACCAAGGUGGAAAGACUCCGCCAUGGCAAUGGCAUUGCAGCUCGCCAUCCAAUCACUCGCCGCAAGCAUCUCGCGCUCUCCUAACAAACCCACCACUAAGCCCCCGAGCAAUGGCCACCACCACCCGCAGGAACCAACCGGCAGCAGUAGCAGCAGCGGCAGAAGGAGCCUUGCGGCAGCGGCGGCGGCCGGCACGGCGCUCCUCGCGUCCCAGCUGCUGCCGGCGGGCAUCGCGGGCGCGUUCGACCUAGACCUUCGGAUCACCAUCCCGGAGCAGUCGAGCGAGGAGGCCGAGGCCGUGGUGAGGACGCACGCGAGGAACCUGGUGCGCGUCAAGCAGUACAUCGACGCCAGGUCGUGGCGGGAGCUGCAGACGGCGCUGCGGGCCAGCGCCGCCAACCUCAAGCAGGACCUGUACGCCAUCAUCCAGGCGAGGCCGCCGGGCCAGCGCCCCGAGCUCCGGAGACUCUACUCCGACCUCUUCAACAACGUCACCAGACUGGACUAUGCGGCCAGAGACAAGGAUGAGCUCCAAGUCCAGGAAUGCUACGGCAACAUUGUGGCCGCCAUUGACCAGAUUUUUGCCAGAAUCCUGUAGAUUUUGCACUGGCUCGAUCGUCUAGGAUAGAGGGAGAGAUUGGAUAGACAAACUAGACAUCCGGAUUUACGUUUGCAUACAAGGAGAAAAUAAAUAUGGACCGGCAAAAAGGCACUUCUUUUGCUAUGUAGCUAGUUCUUAUUAGCUUCUUGUAUUUACUCUACUCUCUGGAGGAGAAACCCAAAAAAAGAGUCAACAUUUGCAGGUGCAGCAGGACGAGAAAAACUACAAUUUCUUGAAACCAUCACUGCUCGAUCAAAUGUUCAGCCACCAAUAUUCAGGCUUGUCGCAAUGCAAUGCAGAGUGGUUCCUCAGUCACCACUCGCCUCUCCUUUGCUUCCAGAUAGAGGAAACAAGGUUCCUUGGUGACUCUAUUCGUCGCCAUCUGGUGUACAUGCUGAAGCAGUAUUUAUCUUCCUAUAACUCGCCGAACUACCGAUGAAGUUUCAGUAUCUUCCUCAUCUGUGACCUGCUUUGGCUGCGACUCACCAUCCUCUUGGCUCCUCCUUCAAAUGGCUAUUUCCAAGAACUUGUGCCUAGAGAGAAAGGUUACUUGGUAAGUUGGUUUACUAGAUCAAGAACAACACAAAAUUGUGCAUUUCGAACUCCAAAGCAGUUCAUGAAAGGAUAUGAAAUCACUAGGUAAAAUGCACAACCUCAAACUGGUUUGUGAUAAGAGAGUGUCAAGUAGUGACAGCACCUGGAAGAACUUACCAUUGUAAGAUCUGGGAGCAAGUAACUGGCAAGGUUUUCAUUCACCGCAACUCCCAACUGAGGCAUCUGACUCAUUUUUCCCGGCAUUUGGCUCAUGCUGUUUAUAGAAGAAGCAUCAUUAGAGGCAGGGAUUCUUGUUCUUCACAAGCACAGCUUUAAUAUUUCUGCUAAUGAAUUAUGCAUUGAUCAUAGGUGGAAUAAUAUGUUUACAUUUUCAAGAGGCCAUCAAUGUUCCUUCGCACGCGAUUGAAGAGAUCGAUGUUAUUUUGAGCCUGGAAGAAAUAAGACAAUCGAUAUGAAACCCAUUCAUAAAAAACAACACUCCAGAUGAUGGCUGUCAGAGAAAAUCAUGGAACUCCUGCAUUCUGCUGUACAAGUAAUUUCACAUGAAAAGAAGGACUGACCUGAAAUGCUUGAAUAUUUGUGUCUAUCUGAGUAAGAAGCCGAUUAUUUUCUUCCAGUACAAGCUGUACUAUACGAUCCAUCUCCGAGGCUACAUGGCGGAAAAGAUGGUCAGUUUAUGGAACAAGGAUCGAAACAAAUGGAAAGCACUAGCUGAAUCUCGUCGACCAUCAGGAUCUCUGAACCUGCAUAUUAUAUUUGAAGUUCAGGAGGAAAUGGCUUGUGAUCUUACAGUAAGUUUCAACCCCGUUAAAUACCACACGGUUGGCGGUCUAUAUAACCCCAAGUUUGGCGAAACAGGUUCGACAUAUCCACAGAUACUCAAUGUUCACACUUCACAGAUCGAUUUUCUAAUAUGACGACUCUCUUAAUCAUUUCUUGCAAGUGCAACGAUACAUAUUUCAACAUAACAAGUUCCAAUGGAGUCAAGUAAUCCCGUGCCUUUUAUUAAAAUAAACCCUGCCUAUGUGAGUUAAAUUUAGAAAUGUAGUCAAUAACCAAGACCACUAAGUACUGCAAUUUUGUUGUAAAAUUCUUUACUCCUAUAAAUAUGUCAACUGGUCACGGUGGUCCAUGCACAAUUGGAUCAUGUGAACCAUCAGAUCCACAUCAAGCAGCUUACACCUCUCUCACCUUCGGUAGUUUUGUGCCGCACCCAACCCACUCCACCCCAUUGCAUAGCCUUUUUGCAUUAUUUUGUAUCAACACACAGACAUUAUGCCAGUUAACUAGCACUUUGUGUUUUUCAGUAACUACCAAGAAACUAGUGCUUUCCUACGACCUAAGAAGAUCAUAAUAAUACAUGUUCGCAAGACUUAUUAGUUGCUACUUUAUUUAAGUGGGUCGGGAGUAUCUCAACCAUUGAUUGCAAAUCAUACGGUUGGUAUGAUCCUAGGGUAAAUGAACCAUCAACACCAACUGGUAUGUUUAUAUGAAUAUAAUUUUUUUGCAAGAUGAUACUGUCGUACUGUCUUUUCUUUGUAAAAACAUCAUAGCAGCUAGCUAUAAGCAAAAUAGGUUGGUAAUGGAAUUACGGAAUAAAUCAAUUGGACCUGGUAAAUUGUAAAGAAAGAAAGCCUGAUCUCAGGUGCUCUACCAACCUCCAGAUAGAUAUUGACUGUUUUGAAUGGCAUGAUGCGGCACAAAGGAAGAGAUCCCUGUAUCCGUCUGAAUAGGAUGAGUGGUACCCCAGGAUGAAGGCCCCACCAUUUUAUCCUGAGAAAUAACCAUGAGUAACACCAGACAAAAAUAUGCACAUAACAUGUGAAAUGCACAGGAUAAUAGGUAUAUUUUACAAAAACUUUUGCCCCCUCAAAAUUUUUCUUUCAAAAAUGCCUUUGUAAGGAACUGAUAGUAGUACAUCUUAGGUAUUCUUAUCCACACCUUUAUAACAAUUUUGACUGAAAGCUUUCUUCGUAGUUUUAUCUCUAAUUAUUGGGGAUAAUUACCGAUGUUAUAUGAAACAAAGUUCAUAAAAUAGAAAAAGGAAGAUGCUAGUACCUUUCUAUCUUUCAUUUUUCUGCUAUGAUGUUCUGCAGGCCUCCGCCGUCUUGUAGUUUGUUUGUUCUAUAGAAGCAUCAAACCAUUUACAUUAUUAAUUUUUUUUUAAAGGUGCUAAGUCAGCUAGAACAUAUUUAUUUUAACAGUAUAUGUUCUAGAAACAAAUGCCAGCCUUAUAUCUUCAGCAAGACUCUGCAGAAAAUAAAGCACUACCAUUUGGUUCAUGAGAAUCAAUAUUCCAGGUGAAAAAGGUAUCAUGCUUUAGUCUUCAACAGCACAGAACUAUUGGUCAAUCAAAAUCUCAGGCAAGUAUUACCAAUUCAGCUGUUGUAAGUAAUAAAUAUAUUGAGCCGAAAAGAUGGAUCACUGAUGAAAUAAUAUAUGAUACUUUAUUACUUUGUAAUUAAAUAAGAACACCUAUGUUUUAUAUACCUUUCCUUUUUAGGUAACACGAAUGGACAAGAAUAAAAUAGCAUACCAAAAGGAUACACUGAUUGCCAACUCAUGUCCCACUAUAUAAGGUCCAAAAUGUAGUAUUUGUAUAUACAAGGAGAAUAAGUGUACCUUCCACUCGUCCUAAUAUAUGCAGCAUUUAGAAUAAAUGCAUCUAUCACCAAUCCUAGUAUGUUCAGAUUAAUCUUGAAACCAAGACAAAUUUUAGCAUGUUCCUUGAAACGAGCUGCUCUAGGAGGAAAAAAAACAAUUAAUUUCUUCUUGUACAGUUGCACCCGAAGAAAUUGCCAAAUAUGUGGAUGUGUGGGUUUGUAUCCAUUCAGUGCUCAGAUCUAAAUAAUUGUUGUCCCUUCUUGGGCAUGAACUAUUUUCUGAUGUAGCACUUCCAAGGAACACCUCAAACAGAUGGCAUCCAUGUAAGCAGAAAAACAAGAACAAAUACAGAGUAUGUAUGCAAAUUAGAGAUUACUUACCCCCAUC